UUAUCCUCUUCACCACUGAUCGGCUCGUUUAGUGACAACCAAUAAUAUCAGUAUUUUUUUUUUAUCAUAUAGAAUAGUUCAUAUUAAAAUAGUUUAUUAGAAAUCAAAAUGAAAAGGAUUGGAUGUGUUUUAUUAACGUUUACGCCCGCCUUUCAAACCGCCAAAACUUUGAUCCCGGCCAAGGAACUAAGGAUGCAUCCCAAGGAGACCACACAGUGCAUACAGGAGAAUGGAGAGACCACACACAAGAAUGGGGAGACCACACAACAUGUAGAGGAGAAUGGCUCUUACAUUGAGAGACAUGAGGAGCAUCAAUAUUUGGAUCUGAUCAGAAGAAUACUGAACAAUGGCAACAGAAAAGGUGACAGGACUGGCACUGGCGCUGUUUCCCUUUUUGGUGCCCAGAUGAGGUUUUCUUUAAGGAAUGGUGACUUCCCACUGCUCACAACAAAGAGAGUCUUUUGGCGGGGUGUUGCAGAAGAACUGAUCUGGUUCAUCAAAGGCUCGACAAAUGCCAAGGAACUACAGGAGAAGAAGGUCCACAUCUGGGAUGGAAACUCUUCCCGAGAAUUCCUUGACAAAUCAGGGUUCGCCAAGAGAGAGGAGGGGGAUCUGGGCCCUGUGUAUGGGUUUCAGUGGAGGCACUUUGGAGCACAGUACACAGACAUGCAUGCUGACUACACUGGCCAGGGUGUUGAUCAACUUCAGCAGGUGAUAGACACUAUUAGAAAGAACCCUAAUGACCGGCGCAUUAUUAUGUGCGCUUGGAAUCCUUUGGAUUUACCGAAGAUGGCUUUACCACCCUGUCACUGCCUCUGUCAGUUCUAUGUUGCCAACGGAGAACUUUCCUGUCAGCUUUACCAGCGCUCUGCCGACAUGGGUCUGGGGGUGCCUUUCAACAUUGCCAGUUAUGCACUCCUCACCUAUAUGGUAGCUCAUGUUACAAAUCUGAAGCCAGGUGAAUUUGUGCACACACUUGGAGAUGCCCAUGUUUACUCCAACCACAUCUCUGGAUUAAACGUUCAGUUGAAGAGAGAACCGAAACCAUUUCCAAAGUUGAACUUCAAGAGGAAGGUGGAGUCCAUCAAUGACUUCAAGUAUGAGGAUCUUGAAUUAAUUGGCUACAAUCCUCAUGCAAAGAUUCAGUUGGACAUGGCUGUAUAAGAAGUAAAUGAUAUAUCAGUAGUUCCUGUUUACAAAUUGUUGCUCUGUUGUGCUGAUACUUAAGCCAGCAACCCUUGGUAUAUGGGAAGGAUGACUUAACCACAUGAAGAUUAAUAAACUGGGGUGGGUAUAAAAUGUUGAUGAUAAUGAUGCUUUCUUAGAAUACAUCCCCUCUGUGUUUUUCAGUAUGUGUUUUUGCUAAACUUAAUUGGUUUAUACAACCCUUACUUGAUCUGAAUUGUUUGUAAUGUAAAAUUGUGUGUGUGUGUGUGUUUUGUUUUGUUUUAUUUUUCAAAAUCAUGCAAUUAAUGGUAUAAUUAUCACCCAUUUUUCAUAAACUUUGAAAAGUAAGGAAACCAAAAUUGCAUAGUGAGAUAGUCUACUAAUAUUGGAGGUUGGUUGAGUUCAAGUGGUGAAUAGAUUUUAUUUUGAGAAUUGUAUUAAUUGGACAGUCUUUUUCCUUCAUCACAUCACCACUAAUACUGUGUGGUCAGCAGAAUGGUUCAUAGAUUUCUUCACUUAUUGCUGUCAACUCCCUCAUAUCUUUGUGGAGCUACAUUUCUCUAUCUUCUUUUAGUCUGCCUUAACUUUUCUAACUGUCUACUGGCAUUCCCAUCACAUUGUGGACGAGAACCUUAGUUGGUGCGAUUUAAAUUGCCUCGGUGUAGGUGAUUCAGUAUUUCCUGCAUUUAUCACAUUCCAGGAAAUAGAUAAUAUUUUUUAAUACCAUUUUACUUUGUAUUAAACCUAGGUUAAGUUUACUUCCUGGUAUAACCUUGCACUUACACAUGUUUUGAAUGCAUUUACUGGGAUCCUUUAUUAGUUCAAAAUUAGUUGGUUUGGAACCCAUUCAUGUUUCCUCUUAUUAAAAUAUACUAAGUUUGUAACUCCUGCCUGGUAUUACUCGCCUUCUUAUUAGUGGUGCUAUGAGGCGCUCUAGGUGAGAAGUAAACGAACGACUAAAGUAAGAUGCACCAGAUAAUACAGUUAGAUUUUGACAAUUAAUAGUACAGUCAACAUACCUUAGCAAUUUUGUUGCUCAUCUUAUUCGUGGCCAGAGCGUCUCUUAGGUUUGAAUAUUUAAUUGGGUGGUUAAGUUUUUAUUUUAUUUUUAUUUUUUUUUUUUUUUAGUUGAGUGAUUAGGUUUUUAUUUUAUUUUAUUUUAUUUAUUUACUUAUUUUUCUCUGCAACUCCAUCCUACAUGAUAAUCAUUUGUUGCAUUUCAGUCUAUUGUUAUACUUACCAUAAUCAUCUUCAUAAUUUUUUAAUUGAAAAUGUCAUCUACCUUUAAACCUUUCUGCCUCGGGAAACAAUAAUCUUCCGUGCGCCCGAAAAACUAAAAAAAAAGAAAGAAAAAGUACUGUGGGGUCCAGCAGCAGGUGUGCACCAAGUAUUUUUAGCUCUAUUAGGGUGUGUUUGAUACUUUGAGCAUAAUGAGUGUUAUAUGAAGAAUAUGAUGAAUGCGGGGAGGUAGUUUGUAAGCCAGAAUAAAGCUAAUAAAGGCAUUGCUCUACACACGUUCAUCCCCCGCCACCCCUGAAUGAGUCAAACCCGAGCGUCCACCCCCUUGUUAUGUUGGUGGGUUGGGCUUAUUGUUAUGUACUGUUUAGUUCCUACUUAUGUGUUGUGCCAAUAUGUGAUUGUGACAACAGUUGAUGCUUGUUUUGUAUGUACAAUAUAUAAUGACUAGUUAUGUCUGAUCUAGGUUCCAGCCUUUUCUUCCUCGGGUUCUUUCUAGAGUAAAUAAAGGAGAGAAAAUUA